AUGGCCGUGGCAACGAGCCUGGCGGUACUUCUGAGUCCAGCGCCUUUACGGAUUGCACCUACCUUUCUGGUGUUGGGAGCCGCAUUUCACCAGUUCAUUCGUCCAUACGAAAUUGACAACAAUAUCUUUUCCCCUGCGGCCUUAUAUCUGGGAAAUAUAUUAGCCCUAUGCGCUGCCUGGACUUAUGCCUACUCUCUAAGCGUACCACGUGCGAUCGGAUGCACACUACUGGCCGCAUGCUACUUCAACGUCGGACUGACAGUCAGUAUCCUGGUCUAUCGAGCCUUCUUCCACCGCCUCAGAAAAUUUCCGGGUCCAUGGACAGCCAAGUUGAGUCGGCUGUCGGCAGUUAAUCGGGCGAUCAAACGGACACAGCACCACCGGGACCUUCAAGAAAUGCACGAAAAGUAUGGCGACUUCGUUCGCACGGGGCCCCGUGAGAUCUCGAUCAACCGGCCAUCGGCCGUGGUCGCGGUCAAUGGUUCACAUUCGCCCUGCACAAAAGCUCCCUGGUAUAGCCAUGUGUCCGACGAUAGUUCAAAGAUCUCUUUGAACUCGACUCGUGAUCCCAAUAUACACCGUCGUAGGCGGAAGGCAUGGGACCGUGGAUUUAGCAUGAAAGCCAUAUCAUUGUACGAGCCGAUUGUUCAAAACAAGGUUAAUGUUCUUGCUACUCAGAUCCGGUCCCGACUUAAUCAACCGCUCGACGCCGCACAGUGGACGAUGUUCCUUGCGUUUGAUGUGAUGGGUUUGGUUGGAUUUUCUCAAGACUUUCACCAGCUGGAAAACGGCACCGAGCAGCCUGCUGUCAAGGAGCUCCACCAGCAAUUGUUGUAUAUUGGCAUUUUGAAACCCGCGCCGUGGAUUCUGACCAUUCUUGGAGGCAUCCAAGGGUUAGUGGGUGACUACGGUCGGUUCAUGACUUACUGCGCCGACAGGAUUGCGGACACGAAGAAGAGAUGGAACUCGAGAAGCGAUAAAGACAGUGAAAAACUCCCCAAGGACGUCAUCUCCUGGCUCCUCAAGGCCAUUGAGGAGAAAGACCCUAGCGCCCCGCCAGGCGAUCAAGCGCUUAACGAAGAUGGCCGUCUCAUGAUCAUCGCUGGAAGUGACACCACCGGCACAACCCUAGCCCACGCCCUCUACUUUCUGGCUAAGACCCCUACUGCAUACAAGAAACUGCAAAAGGAACUGUCUGACGUCUUUGGAAAAGCCGCGGAGCCUUCGCAGUUUACUAACAGCAAGCUUCAGAACCUCCCUUAUCUCGAAGCUGUCAUCAACGAGACCCUCCGCCUCAAGCCCGCUGUGCCAAGUGGUCAGCCUAGGUUAACCCCACCCGAAGGUCUACAGAUUGACGAGGUCUGGAUCCCAGGUAACACGAUCGUCGUGCUUCCGCAGUAUGUCCUCCAUCGCGACGAGCGCUAUUUCCCCUCCAGCUUGGAAUUCAUUCCUGAGCGGUGGUUGGAUGAGAAGAACAACUUGGUCAAGCACGAGGAAGCUUUCUUCCCAUUCCAAUUAGGUCGAUACGGCUGCGUCGGGAAACAAUUUGCGCUCAUGGAACUUCGAGCCGUUAUCGCACGGGUGGCAUACAAUUUCGAUCUCGCGUUCGCACCUGGGGAGACUGGAGUGUCGUUUGACGAUGAUUCUAAGGAUACGUUCACUUUUAGUAUUGGGUCUUUGCCUUUAGUUUUCACCGAGCGAUCAGAAUAG